UGGAUUGGAACAGGGGACAGAAGCGGAGUGCGCAGCCUGUGCCGCUGGGGGGAAUCCAAUUCCUUCUUCUCCGCUCGCUUUGUGCUAUUCCGCCCCCCCCCCUCCCUCGCCGCCGCCCUGGGCCCCGGCCACCCUUCUCCUCCAUUCCUUCCACCAUCCCGUCUUCCCCUUCGUGAAGAGGAGGAGGAGGAGGAGGAGGAGGAACAUCGCCGCGCGGGCACGGCAGAUGUCGGAUCGGGAGCUCCGCCCGCUGCGAUCGAUCCGAAUUACCGGGGACGGGAGAUGCCUCUUCAGGUCUGUUGCUUAUGGUGCUUGCUUAAGGAGAGGAAAGCAGUCGCCAAGCGACAGCGUCCAGAAGGAGCUUGCUGAUGAGCUUCGAUCGAAAGUAGCAGAUGAGUUUGUCAGGAGAAGAGGAGACACUGAAUGGUUCCUCGAAGGAGACUUUGAGAGCUAUGUGAGACAGAUGAGAAAGCCUCAUGUUUGGGGAGGAGAACCUGAACUGCUCAUGUGUUCCCAUGUUCUUCAGAUGCCCAUCACUGUCUACAUGUAUACCAAGGGCUCUGAUAGCCCUAGGAUCAUAGCGGAAUACGGUCAGGAGUAUGGGAAGGACAAUCCAAUCUGUGUUCUCUACGAUGGUUACGGACACUACAAUGCGCUGCAGCCAUCUCUUGAGAGGAAUACAGAUAACCGGAGAUUACGCUACCUAAGAUUGUUCUCAAGGACAGUAUCAAGCUCCUCUGCUACUUGAUUUUGCUGAAUCUGACAAACUGUAUAGCACUAUAGCGGUAUAGCACAUAUGAAAUGCUUGCCUGGCUUUACUGUUCCAUAUUUCAUAUAUCAAGGCUGAUGUUAAAUAACUUCAGAUAUGUAACUCUUGGUCCAACCAGAAGUUGAGUACAUACCUGACAUUAUGUAUAGAACAAUGUGCAUACUUAGAGCUCAAGAAUCCUAGUGCUGCGA